AUGGAGCGGGUCUUCCGCAAGUUCGACGCCAACGGGGACGGGAAGAUCUCCGCGGAGGAGAUCGGGGCGGUUCUCGUCGGCCUUGGCCACCCGCCGGCGUCAGACGCGGAGCUGCACGCCAUGGUGGCGGAGGCCGAUGCCGACGGCGACGGCUUCAUCGACCUCGCCGAGUUCGUGGCUCUGAACACCCGCGGCGUAGGGGCGGAAGCCGCCGUGGCGGACCUGCACUGGGCCUUCUCCGUGUUCGACGCCAACGGGGACGGCGCCAUCACAGCGGAGGAGGUGUGGCGGGUGCUGCGCAGCUUGGGGGAGGAGGCCUCUCUGAGGCAGUGCCGGAGGAUGGUGCGGAGCGUCGACCGCGACGGCGACGGCGUCGUUUCCCUUGAGGAGUUCACUGCCAUGAUGAUGGGCACCUCUCAUGGGCUCGUUCUCCGCUCGGGCUGCUCCUGA